AUCCAGGUGCAGAUGAGCGGUGACAAGAGCCGGUCUAAAGCUCUGGGUUUAGUCGCCUCCACGCACGGGGUGCAGUCCGUGGCGAUAGAAGGGAGGGAGAGGAACCAUCUGGUGGUGGUCGGCGACGGCCUGGACGCCGUCAGCCUGACGAGCUACCUUCGCAAGAAGGUGGGCAGCGCGCAGAUCGUCCAGGUGGAGGUCCUCGGAGCCGGCGCCGCCGCCGAGAAGACGAAGCCGCCGGCGACGACCACCACCAGCGUGCUAGCCGCGGGCUCGCAGCAGUGGCAGCCGCGCUACUACAGCGGCUACUACUCCCGGCCGGCCGCCGUGCACCCGUACGCCGGCCAGUACGGCUACGGCUACGACGACCCCCGCCCCGAUGCGGACUCGUCGUGCGCCAUCAUGUGAUCCGCAGGCGAGAGGCGACGCAGCCGAUCGAGAGGAGCGUUGGAUGAUCCAUCCUCCGAAUCUCCGAUACAUAAACGAAGAGAAAAAAAAAUGGCUGAUGGUUGCAAUCGUAGAUGUAGUAUAUUUGUGUAGGAGUUCAUGCGCUGUUAAAUUUGAUUGGUUUAUUUACUUGUGUGGCAUGAUUUCGCCAAUGUUACUGUAAGAAUGAA